CUUUAAAUUUUGUGUUUACCAGAGAUGUGCUCAUACGUUUCUCGGAAAGAAGUCAUUCAGCAUGAAGAAGCAUAAAAAAGGACUAUUGGACUAAAGGAAUUUUAGACUGAGACCAAAACGACUGAUUCAUUGGUCGACUAAUCAAAGACGAGAAGCUAUAUUCUGGGCCGAAGUGAAGGUAUAAGGCCAAGAAGAUGAUGGAAGAGAGUGGAAUCGAGACUACGCCUCCUGCCAGCCCUACACCUCCUCUGACUGUGGCUGCCACAGGCAGCACCCCGCCGAUCGCCGUAGGUCUGUCCAGCCCUCUGUCCCUCCCUGGCACCAGCUCUGUCGGUUCCCCCGCAGUCUCCACCGCUUUCUCCCCUGUUCCCUCCCUCCCUGCUUUCAGCAGCCCUCUGGCCACACACCCCUCCCUGUCCUCCCCGUUCCCCCCUCCCUCUACUCUCGCCUCCCCGUUCACCAGCAGCUCUCCGUUUCCCCCUCCCACCUCUGCCUCUUUGCCCCCUCUGGCCGCUCCCAUCGGGCCACCUCCCCUUUCGGCUCCCGGCAUGUCGGCCCCUCCCUCAGGCCCGCCCGUAUCCAGCUUCUCCAUGAGUGCAGGAUAUGACAUCACACGGGGUCAUGCCGGUCGUACUCCGCAGACACCGUUGAUGCCGACAUUCUCCAGUCCUGCCGCUAUGCCAGGUGUGGGACCAAACCCCAUGGUUCAGCAGCCAGCCAUGACAGGAGGAUUAGAUGCUGGAUCUCCCAUCACUUUCCCAGAGGAGCAGGACGAUCCCAGAGGACCUGGACACGCCAACGCUGGUGGAGGCAUCUGGGGCUUUUUUAAGGGAGUAGCAGGUAACACUGUAGUAAAGACAGUCCUGGACAGAACCAAGCACUCUGUGGAGUCCAUGAUCACCACUCUGGAUCCUGGCAUGGCUCCAUACAUCAAGUCUGGCGGGGACAUUGACAUCGUGGUGACUUCAGAUGAGAUGAACGUGGAGGCCGUCAGAGACGCAUUCCAGGAGGUUUUUGGGAUGGCCAUGGUCACUGGAGAGCCCGGUCAGUCCAACAUCGCCCCGCAGCCGGUGGGCUACGCAGCCGGAGUCAAGGGGGCUCAGGAACGCAUUGACAGCCUGCGUCGAGCCGGUGUGAUCCAUGAGAAGCAGCCAGUGGUCUCUCUGGAAAACUUCAUCGCUGAGCUCUUUCCCGACAAGUGGUUUGACAUCGGCUGUCUGAUCCUGGAGGACCCUGGUCACAGCAUCCGCAUCGAGGUCUUCACACAGGCAACCCCUGUGGCCCUAGAUCACGUCCAACAGGCUCAGUCGCUGACCCCCCCUGACUACAGCCUGCGCUGGUCCGGGCUGAUCGUCCCAGUGGGCGAGGUGCUGGAGCGCAGCCUGCCAAACGUCAGCCGGACGGACUGGCACCAGGCCAUGACGGGCAUGGCCCGGCGCCAGAUGAUCCAGAGCGCGGCCAAAGCCCUGGCUGGUAUCUACAAACAGCAGCUCCCCCCCAGGACUGUGUGAGGCCCAAUGCUUCCACUUCCUGUCACAUACCUGGAGGAGGCGGAGACACGUCAGAGGAAAAACUGGCUGAUGGGACAGCGAGCUUCCCUCGUAUCUCCCCAUCCAUCCGCCAUCUGUCCUCGCGGGGCAAAGCCAAAUGCACAUUUCUUUAAAAGACCUUAAUGCUCCCAGAUGUUUACUGAGGUCCCAACAUGUCAGAAGGGUUUUACUGAGAGGCCAUCCCAUAUCUGUAUCGUCUGUAGCGGCCUUUAAGGGGAGACACUGCAGUAAACUAACACAUAUCAGCAGCAAACUUCCCCAGUCGACUACUUACAUUAAGACGGUUAUUUUUUUUGUACUACAAGUUUUCUGCAAUUUUAAAAUUUUAAUUUUAAAUAUGCAAAUGAGGCCUUAUUUUAUUAAAAUAUGUGCUAAUUUGCCAACAUUUCCAGAACGGAAAUGUAAACAUUAAUAGAGCCUGGUUCAAAGUUCUAGUUUCAUUUUAUUGACAUUAGAGUCAGUUUUCUACAGACGGAGUUAGGUUUAAUUUUGGAUAUCUUUUUUUAUCACUCCAUAAAUCCGAAAAUUCUGUCAACAUUCUGUAACAUUGAGACAUUUUGAAGACACUACAGGUGAAUAGGGUCAACAUUUAACUAACAACAUUAAACUUCCCCAACUGAUUACUGACACAAUCUUUGUAUUACAAGUUUUCUGAAAUGUUUAAAUAUGCAAAUGAGGCAACUUUUGGUGAAUUUAGAAGUCUACAAAAACAAAUAGGCAACGUGUUGUCAAAUAAAUGUUUUCUUUCCACAUGUGAUAAAGAAGACAUGUUAUGGAAGCAAAAUAGCCCAAAAACUCAAAAUUAAAAAAAAAUGUUUUUGCGUGUAGUGUCUCCCCUUAACUACUAUGGAAUCAUCUCAUUGUCCUCCAUAAAAGGUUCUUACACAUGA